GGGUGAUGUGGAAAUGAGUGAAAAAGAAAAGAGGAGGGAUAUGGAGUUAAGGAUGGUUGCUGAUCUUACUGGGUUUGAAAAUUUGAAGGGGUUCAUAGAGGGAGAAGCUUUGAUGAAGAUGAAUAAGGGAAAGAAACACCGUACCGUGGCAAGUAGUGAGAAGGAGAUUAGGAGGCAGAGUGAGUUCAGGAUGCUAGCCGAUCUAACUGGGUUUGACAAUUUGAAAGCUUUAAUGGAGGGGGAAGCUUUGAUGAAGAUGAAGAAGGGAAAGAGGAAGAGGAAGAGGAAGGUUAAAAAGAAAGAGGGUGUCACGGGAAGGAGCGAGGAAGAGAACAGAAGAGAUGCUGAGUUCAGGAUGCUAGCCGAUCUAACUGGGUUUGACAAUUUGAAAGCUUUAAUGGAGGGAGAAGCUUUAAUGAAGAGGAAGCAGAGAAAGAAGAAGAAGAAGAUGAUGAAUGGGGACAUUCAGGUUGAUGCUCCACAGCAGAUUAUGGUUGAUGCUGCAAUGGUGGAAGAAACUGUGAAGAAAGUUGAAUUAUCAGAAACAGAUUCUCUUGAGAUAUUAGAAAAUCCUUGGAACUUUGCUGAGAGUUCAGUUAUCUUGAUAGCAAGCAGUGAUGAUGAUAAGCAAGAAGAAAGACCCGUAGCAAACGAGUCCAGAAUAAUUGUUGAUAAAACUGUACUUGGAAAUUAUCAACCUUUGUUGCAGGGAGAGCCUUCAAUGAAGAGGAGGAAGCGAAGGAGAAGGAAGAAAAAGAAGAAAAAUGUUGAGUUUGAUGCUCAACAACAACCUCCUGUUAAUGUUCCAAUGGAUGGGGAGCAAACUUUGCAAGAAGAAACUGCAGAUAUAGUUGAUAUCUCUGAGAUAGAAUCUAUCCAGAAAUCAACUACAACUAGUGAUGAACCACAGAAGCUUGUUGUUGAUGCAGCAGAGGUAAAUAUGCUAGUAGAAACUGCAAAACUAGUGGAAACUAGAUCAGAAGAAAAUGUUGGUGGGAUUGACUCUACAAAGGAUAUUGAUCUUUGUUCUUCAUCUUCAAAGGAUGAUAGAUUGAUUUCAAAUGUGAUCUCCAGCAUAAGUACUGGAGAAAUGAUAUUAGUGCCAACAGUUCUAAAUGAAGAAAACAAGACUGAAAGAAGAAUGGAGCCAAAUAUCAUUCUAACAGAGAAUAAUGUUGUUGUUAGAAAGGAAGAAAAGCAGGCAGAGAAACAUAAAGGUGUUGAAGCGGAAAAGCAGGCAGAGAAACAUAAAGUUGUAGAAAGAAUGAAACCAGUUGAUGUUGGAAAGAAAGGAAAGCAGGUGGAGAAAUGUAAAGACGCAGAAACAAUGACACCACCAGAAGCAAGACAAGUUGAGAACAUUGUUCUACAAAGUCUUCUUCGGAAACCAAGAUAUUUUGAUUCUCCAGAUGGCAGCUGGGUUGCAUGCUGUAAAUGUGGUGGAGGAUAUCAUGAAGCAGCAGACUGUAUACUGGAAAGGAAGAAACCAUGCUACAUGUGUGGGAGUUUGCAGCACAAUGGGAAACAUUGCCGAAAGGUGCAAAAUCACCUCAUAAGAACGGAAAGAGUCCAUCAUAAGAGUGAUUCCAACAUUUGCUUAAGGUGUGGAAAUGCGGGGCAUGAUAUGUUUUCAUGUAGAAGCAAUUAUUCUCAGGAUGAUAUCAAUAAAAUACAAUGUUAUAUGUGCAAAAGUUUUGGUCAUCUCUGCUGUGUCAACAUUCCUGAUACGGGUCCAAGAGAAAUUUCCUGUUACAAUUGCGGCCAUUCUGGUCAUUUAGGUGAUGAUUGUGAAGAGCAUGGAAACAGGAGGGGCAGAAGAACCCAUGUUGCAUGCUACAGGUGUGGAGAGGAAGGGCAUUUUGCAAGAAGAUGCAAUGUUUAUAGAAAGUAUGGUAAGAUGGAUAGAAGAAUAAGGAUGUCAGAGGGGUCUAGUUCUGCACCUCCUGGAUUUUCUAAGCCUCAAAAUAACAAGGAAAACCACAACCCUAGGAUGGAUGUUCAUCGAUAUAAGGAAUCCUUUGCAUUCCAGCAUCACCAAGAAAGGUAUGACCGAGUUGGUCCCAGAUAACUUUAAAACAAUAAUUUUGGAGCUUAUGUCUGGAAUUCAAACUCCAAAAUUGUAUCAUAUCAAACCUGUUGUAAGCUGUAACAUUAUGUAUGUAUAGUAUCAUUCUUAUUUGAUAGAACCAUGUUGCAGUUGUGUUUGAACAUUAUUGAAUUCAUAAUUUUAUGAUCUUAGGUUGUGUUUGGUGUUACAGUUUCAUAGUGUUUUUUCACACAGCACCUCAUUAAAAGUACUAAAGGAUC